AUCUGAAUGCACCUUGUGUAGGAUACUCAAAUGAAACAAAAUUUGUAGAAUUAAAGCCACCAUACGAAAUGGUUACUGUCAUAGUUGCAGUUGCAUACUGUCUGCUCCUUUGCUCCGUCACCGUGUUGGCCGAGGAUCAUGGUGGGGCAUGGUGGUGGAUGGGAGGACGCAAGCCCGUCCCUGGAAAGUGGAAAAUGAAAUGGAUCAACCCUUGCGGACUCAAACAUAAAUACAUGUACCAGUCCAUCUGGUAUGAGGACAGUUAUAGGCCGACCGGGGAGCAGUGGAGAACAAUGCUUCAUGUCACUCAAAUGUGGUUAGGAAAAGCUAAACAAAGCUUUGAAGAGUUUAGAGAGAGAUAUGUACAAGAGACCUUUCAAGUCAAUUUCUUCCAACAUAAUCGCGAAUGGGCGAACCACGACUACGAAUGGCUUCCAAAAUUACCCAAGAAACUUGGAGAGAAAACUCCAAAGGAACACCUCAAAACUCUAUAUCUUGACCGAUGGGCGGGGCAGUGUACAUAUUGGUUACAAAUAGUCGAUGUUGCUUUAGAACAAGUUCUGUGGGACUGGCAUCUAGAGGCAGACCAAGGCAAUCCUAAAUACAAAGAAGCGUUUGAGGAUAUAUGGUACACAAAUAAUCUAGUAUUGUGUGAUGUCUGGAACUAUGUGAGAUACCUCGGUCUGCAGCCAAUGCCCGACGUGGGUAGAGAAGUCAUGCCUAACGAGUUCCGUGACAUUCAAGACGAGACAACCAGAAAUAUCAGGGACUGGAUAAUAUUUAGGUGCUACAUGAACAUCCUUGAAUAUAUGUAUGACGUUUUGAACUACUGGUUAGACUUUGGUUAUAUAGGUCCUUGGUUCUCUUCACUCCAUACAGGACACUGGAAAACAUUCAAGAAAAAAUCGUAAGAAUUUAUAAUUGCAAGAAGUUAACGUUACUUUUAUCAAAUUUCAUUGUUUGUUUUCUUAUUUUCAAAUAUGUUUGGUAAAAGCUAUCUCAAUCAUUACAUUGGUUUUCAUUUA